AUGUCUACAGACGUCCCAUCAAGCCGUCACCGUCAUACACGAAGUGCAGCCAUGCCGCCUGCGACAGCCUCGUCGCAGAGUCCUGGCACCUCACAGAAUCCGCAGAACCCUCAUCAUCUCAACGCGCAGGCACAUACGCAGAAUACGCAGAAUAUGCAGAACGACAUGAGAUCGAACUUUUUCCAGCCGCCGACCACGCCUCCACGUACCCCGCGAAAAGAUAACCAGCCCACCUCACAAAAUACAUCAAGCUCCGCCGCACCAGAGACUGGUUCAAAGCAAAGAUCGCGUAACAAGAAUCGCCCAAAAAAUGUCAUGACAUCUCCUGUAGCUUCAAGAAAAGAUCGAAAUACUCCGCCUUUGACAGGCGGCCAGUCCGCAGGAAUGCCGUCAUCUGCAAAGCCGAUCAAUACACCCUCUACAGCAGCUUAUGCAGGCUCGACAUUUCAUGCUUCUCCAGCUCCAUCAGCUCUUCCUAUACCUAGCUUUUACUCGAAGUCCGUCCCUGACUCACCAGGUAUCAAGGGGUUGAAGUCAUUGAAAGGAGCACCGUUCCCAACUACGGACUCGACGCCUACACGAACCACACCAUCUAUUGAACAGAUGCAAAGAGAAGAGUCACCUCUGGACCUCUUCUUCAAAGCAGACAGGGAAGAGAGAGCACGAAGUGCAAGCUCCACCCAGGCCCUAGCAGCCGCCAAUGGGCCGUUCCCUCCGCCAUUAGAGUCUCCUCGCAAUAGCCAAACCCCACCUGCUCGCUCAACCCAAAGUCGUGCUCGUCAGAAUGAUUCUAAUAGGAUUUCUGCCAGUGGAAUGUUUGCCAUGGAGCUGGACGGUGAUCGUGCUCCAGGAACCCCUGUUGGACCUGCAUUUUCUACACCAUACUCCGAGAGGAUCAAUGCCGCACGAUCUGGUGGCCAACUUGACGGUUCCUAUGAGCAAUCACAGCAACAUACACAGUCAUCUGCAGACCGAUCUGAAGCACUUAAAGCGUAUCUAUUCUCAGGAUUACCACCAGUCGCUCCAAACUCUGUGCCGAGAUACUCUUCCGAGGCACCACCAAGUGGCCACCGGAGUGCUGGGACUCCCAAUAGGCAACAAACCAAUGGAUACCAAUCAGGUCCUGAGCCAAGGAUGAUGAAUGGUUCACGAGCAGGACGAUCGUCGGGUUUGCGCCAGGAGGUUACUCCAACAAAGACACCAACCAAAACACCUGACCGCAAUAAUGUUUUUAUGAACUCGCUCACUCCCUCACGACUACCAGCAAAUGCAUACACUAACGGGAACGAAUUUACUGCUCAGCGCACUUCCCGCACACCUAUGGAUGCUCCUACUUUUGCCUCCAACGUAGGCAACUCAGACCCAACGAUCAAAGGCAUGGAAGACAGCCUUCGCAGAAUCUUGAAGCUGGAACCUCCCGUUUCUUCUGAUUCAGAUGUCACUCAGGGACCAGCAGCUUCAGGAUCAAGUUUAAACUAUGUUGGUGGCCGGACCCCACAGAUGAGCGGUAGUAAUAACGGCAUUAUGCGAUCAUGA